AUGUCAGCACCAUCAUCCAGCUUUUUUGCUCCUCAAAAUCAGAAUGUUGAACAGAGCUGGAAACUUUGGGAGUCUGUUGCUCUGAACCUCUCUCAGUUGCCCCCAGUGAUCACCACUUGGGACCUGUGGCAGACCUUCGAUCAUGAAGGCAAAAUUAUCUCUAUUGAUAUCUUCGACAACCUCCAAGGAAAUAGAAGCGGUCGCGGUCGCAUUCGCUUCAGGUAUGUCUUCAAUCUCUUCUUGAUUACUCGCUAUCCUGUCUUCUAUGCAGUUGUCUCCGGCGAGCUGUUUUGCCCUCUUUAUACUAAUCACAUUUUAUGUAUUCACAGCCCACCUCCCACAUCUGAAUUCUGGCGUACUGGAAUCUACAAGGUCAAAAUUCGUAAUGGACACAUUGUGAAUAUCUAUCUGGAGCUUGUAAAUGGUUACCAAGAUGGAUUUAUAAAAAGUCCAGUCCGUCAUGGUGUUACAUAUCCUUGGCGACUUGAGCUUUCUGCAUCUAAAUUGGAUAUUGGCGUACGUCUGGGCGAGUUUACAGUCUCCCCUAUGAGGACCAUUGCAGAGUCAGGAUGCCCAAACCUGGUCAUUGAUCUGCGCUCUCGGGCUUUCUUCAUCCACUUCAAUCUUGCCAUCAAAACUAUAAGCAAGGCACCGGGAGGUACAGAAUCUGUUUCCCAUACAUAUAGGCUCAAGAUUCCAUUCCUUCAACUGACCCAGAUUUGGGACCUGCAUGAUCCCGAGGCAGAGGAAGUCUCCUAUCUUACUGUCCUCGAGACUCCUCCCGUUUAUCACCGGAAACUCAUGGACAUUCGGCCUUCAUUUGGAAGUAAAACAAGCUGGAGAGAUGCCGAAACAUGGUAUCGGCAGGUCACAGUCAUGCAUUUCCCAAACACGCAGAAUGGAACAACCACCAACUUACGAAGAUCUGGACAGGUUAUUGAUACUGGUCGAUGGAACACAUUCAAGAUUAAAUUUUCCAUCGACAAGAUCGGCAGGGGCAACUUCAAGCUCGUCAGUGAAAUUCUGAAAGAUCACAACAUCCUCAUGAAAAAUGGAAAUCAUUUCCAAGAGAUUCAGUAUCGCCCUGAGUCUGUAUGGAGAUGGAUUGAUUACUCAGAGUUCAAGGGUGGUUCAUCGCUUUCCAUGCUUUCCGAUCUUACCACCAGUGACUAUGUACAUCUUCCCUUUCCUCUACGAUACCAGCUUGAAGUCUGUUUGUCACAGGGGCGUCUCUCUGAAUUUACCAUGUCUCGGGAAUUUGUUCUCAAGCUCUUAGAUCUCGGGGAGUCUCAAGCCAGAAGACUUUUGGAGCAAGUAGCUACAGAGGAAGAAUUCUAUCUUGACCCGAUGGAGAUUUUCAAACUUGAGGUGCUCAAGGGUGCCAGUGAUUCAAGCCUCCCAGCAUACUGUUGCUUCAUGAGGACUGCAAGGAUCACACCAACAACAAUCCACUACAGUACUCCAACUGUCGAUAUCUCGAAUCGCGUAACCCGUCAAUACCGAGAACUGAACGAGCGGUUUCUCCGUGUUCGUUUCACGGAUGAAAAAACACUUGGUGGGAUCUUUUCGGCUAAGGGCCAUUCUCAAGAUGAAGUUUUCAAUCGAAUCAAAAAAACACUGGCCAACGGCAUUACCAUCGGCGAUCGUCACUACGAAUUUUUGGCAUUUGGCAAUUCUCAGUUUCGUGAGCACGGAGCGUACUUCUUUGCGCCCACAACCGACCUGACUGCAGCCCACAUCCGAGCAUGGAUGGGCCAGUUCAAUCAUAUCCGCAACGUUGCCAAAUAUGCUGCUCGGCUGGGGCAGUGCUUUUCAACCACUCGAGCUGUCCUCGGAUGCCGGGUACGAGUUCGAAAUAUCAAAGACGUUAUUCGCAAUGAUUAUGUCUUCUCUGAUGGUGUCGGAAGGAUCUCUCCAUUCCUGACAAACAUGAUCGUCAGUGACUUCAACAUCAAGACUGUCCAGGACCGGUUCCCGUCUGCCUAUCAAUUUCGUCUUGAUGGCUGUAAGGGUAUGUUGACACUUUCAUCCCAGCCGGGUCCCUCAGAAGUGCAAAUUCGACCUAGUCAGCGUAAAUUCGAGACGAAACAUGGUGGUUUAGAGAUUAUCCGCUGGUCACACUUUUCGGCUGCAGCAUUGAACCGGCAAUUGAUCCUUGUCUUGUCAACAUUGGGAGUUCCUGAUCGGAUUUUCCACGAUAAGCUGAACGUUAUGCUGGAUGGAUUCAAUAAGGCCAUGUACAAUGACUCUCUGGCAACUGAGCUGCUCCAGAAAUUUAUUGAUCCAAAUCAGAUGACCCUGACUCUGGCUCAAAUGGUAUUUGAUGGAUUCCGCAGUGCGGACGAUCCGUUUGUUACUUCUAUGCUUGCGCUGUGGAAAGCUUGGCAUCUAAAAUACCUUAAAGAGAAGGCAAAAAUUAUCAUUGAUCAGGGAGCAACCCUUCUAGGUGUUCUAGAUGAAACCAGAAUUUUAAAGGGUUACUUUGAAAAGGAAAUCCCAAAAGGACCAGUACUUUACGAGAAAAAAGUGAAAGCCUUGCCAGAGAUCUUUGUGCAGAUCACUCUUUUUGAACAAGGUGUUGUAUCAACGAAGGUCAUUGAGGGCGUUUGCAUUUUGGCUCGUAACCCAUCCUUGCACCCUGGUGAUAUUCGUGUUGUCCAUGCGGUCAAUCGGGAUGAGCUACUGCAUCUCGUUGAUGUAGUCGUGUUCCCACAGACAGGGGAUCGGGAUAUUCCAAGUAUGUGCUCGGGGGGCGAUCUUGAUGGUGACGACUACCUAGUCAUUUGGGACCAAAGCCUAAUCCCUACUUCUUGGUUUACCAAGCCAAUGGAAUAUAAAAGCCGUAAGGUCCCAAAAGAACAGGACCAUGAUGUGACCGUUGAUGAGAUUACCUCAUUCUUUGUCACGUAUAUGAAGCAGAAUUGCCUACCUCGAAUUGCCCAUGCCCACAUGGCUCAAGCAGAUCGGCUCGAGAGAGGUCUAUAUGACCAGAAAUGUCUGCAUCUCGCAGAAUUGCACUCGGUUGCCGUGGACUACAACAAGACUGGGACUCCAGCCGUCAUGCAAGAUGAGCUAGAGCCGAAAAUAUGGCCGCAUUUCAUGAUGAAACGACAUAGGAAGAGUUAUCACUCAAGAAAGCUUCUAGGCCAGCUCUAUGAUGCAGUAGAGACUAUCGACUUUGUUCCGAAUCUGAGCAAACCUUUUGACAAGCGAAUCCUUGAAAGCGCCCUUCUUCCGUUCAGCGAGCGGUUUCUUGACACCGCCAGGGAGGUGAAAGCUGAAUACGACGCAACUAUGCGCCGAAUUAUGGCACAAUACGGGAUUAAAACCGAAUUUGAGAUUUGGUCCACGUUCGUGCUCGAACACAAUUACUUGUGCAGAGAUUACAAUUUGCAUGAAGAUCUAGGCCGAGUUUCGAGCACUAUUCGAAGCGGAUUCCGUCAACAGUGCUAUGACAAAGCUGGAGGGAGAGACUUUGAAUGCCUUGCUCCUCUUAUUGUCGCUAUGUACCGUGUCACUUAUGAAGAUACCGUGAAAGCUUUGAAAGAAAUGCAAUCCAAGUCAUCCAAGCCAAUCAAUGCCGACGAAUUAAAUGAUAAUUCUGAAAUACCAUCUGACGGGCCGAUCCUUGAAGACCGGAAACCAAAUCCAUUUGCCUUGCCGCUGAUAAGUUUUCCUUGGAUCUUCCAUGAAUUUCUCGGCCGGAUCGCCAAGAGCCAAUUUGAAAUGGAUGACUUUUUAGCGGACGGGGCUGCUUUGACCCUCAAAAGGAAUCAAGGAAUGUUCUUCACUCACAAAGAUGCUGAGCAAGCUUUUGCUGAUCUAGCAAAACUUGAUCUUAAACCUUCAAGCGGCUGGGAGCACACUCACAUCAGCCCUCCUGUCAACCUCAAGGUAACAAUUUCGAAAGCAAUCAGCGAGGAAGUAGAUUAUGUGCGGCCUCAGACUGGUGGUAGUGUGGACUCUGUCACAGAAAAAAUCUUUCACGUGGCAGAAGAGACCCCAGAGAGCACUCAAACUAAGAGAGUUGGGAGUGACGGUCUAGUUACAGAGACUGGCUUUCAGCCCUCUGGACUGGAUCAAAACCAGAGAGUUGAAGAUGAGAACGUAGAUUCUGGUGUCGACAUUCAUGAACAGGAUCUUUUCGGAUACUCUGAGUAUGAGGAUUACACUGACAAUGAUCGAUUUUCCGACAAUCCUCCGACGGACAAGGGCAAAGAUAGUGAUCUUGAGAUCGAACAGAUCAUUGAGGUUGAAGGUGACAUCCAGGUAUCAGCCAUCGACAGGUUGAUGUCACUGGUCGCAGGUGGGUUAUAA